AAAUUAAAUAGAAGGACUCACUGAAAUCAGAUAAGAUUAAGAAGGUUGCAAAGUAAUAGAUUUCCCUAUAAAGCAUUUAAUUUCUGAAGGGACAUAAAGAUGGUUUCUGUCCCUCGUUGAUGGAGAAGGUCCUAUAAUGAUUUUUACUUUCAGUAGGACCAAGACGACUUCAUUGAAGACCUAAAAAAUAAAAAAUAAAAAAUAAAAGGUUAGAGGAGUUGGAAGUUGGAACCAAAAUUUUUCUCGGUCGACCUUCUUUUCAUCAAACCUAAAACAACAGAGAUCGGAAAGAGUUGAGAGUGGCAAUGGAUAGUUCAGUGUUUGAAGAAGCAGCUUCAGGGAACCAAAGCCUUAUUCAACGACUGCAGCAACAUAGUGUUGAUCCUCAACAAAAAACACCCCAAAAGAACACUAUUCUUCACAUUGCUGUGAUGUACAAUCAAAUGGAUAUUUCAAAAGAAGUUCUUCGCUUAUGUCCAUGGCAACUUCACCAAGCAAACACUGAUGGAAACAGUCCUUUACACACAGCAGCGAAAAUCGGGAGUAAACAAAUGGUUGAGCUUCUCAUCGAUGGUUCGGACGACAUUGAAAGCCAGCAAUAUGAUAUUAUAAGAAUGAAAAACUUGAAAGAGAAAGACACAGCCUUACAUGUUGCAGUUAAAAAUGGUCACUUUGCUGUAGCAAAGCUGCUGAUGGAAAAAGAUCCAGGAUCUUUGGAUUUGGUGAAUGAUGAUAAUGAGUCUCCACUUUUUCUUGCUGUGGAGGGGGGUUUUCUCAAUAUUGCACAGCAUAUUUUACUCCAAUUUCCUUCAGCUCCAUGCCGUGGCUCCAACGGCAUGAAUGCCUUGCAUGCAGCUGUGAUUCGAGCCCGUAAUGCUCGUAAGUUUGAAUAUCGAGCGCCUGACUUAUCUCUGGAGAAAGUCCGACACCUGCUAUGCGGCUUUCUUUUGCAUGCUGGAAAUAAAUGCGUCAAUGUAGGAUACAGAAACACUAACCAGCCAACACAAACGGAUAUUAUGCUCUUCCUUCUUGAAAAAGGAGGUGAUGGGCUUGCAGAAGAAAGGGAUGUAUUAGGAUGGACUCCACUUCACUGUGCAGCACAUCUGGGUCACCUUGAAGCAACUAAAAUUUUACUUCAAAAUUCCUCUACUUGUAUGGCACACCUUCAAGACAAUGAAGGCAUGUCAGCUGUGCAUAUUGCUGCUAAACAAGGCCAUGUCAAUGUAAUGGAACAAAUUAUUAGUCACAAACCAGAUGCUUGUGACUCGGUUGACAACAGAGGAUGGAAUCCACUUCAUGUUGCCGUUGCAAAUGCAAAGCUUAAUGUCGUCAGGUUUAUUCUGAAGACGCCAAGGCUUGAGAGCCUCAUCAAUGCAGCAGAUAACGAAGGGAAUACACCUCUGCACGUGGCUGCAGCAAGAGACAAGUACAGCAUCAUAACGAUCCUUGUGAAUGAAAUCAAAGUUCGUAAGAAGGCUCAAAAUCACAACUUCCAAAAGCCGAUUGACUUGAUUCGGACUAAUCCAAACAUUGGAGAGCUUUACAAGUCAAUGAUUGCAAUGAAGUUGGAAAAACAGGAUGGGCAACCAAGUCUGCGUUCACUUGUCCAUAAAGAAGAAUAUAGGCAGCCCAUAAAAAAGGAUAUAAACAGAGUGGGAUCUAAUAAACAUAAAGAUCAUGAUCAUACAAGUAAAGAAGUUGGCAAUGAUCAGGACAAAGACAUGAAAUCUAAUAGACUGAAGAACAUAUCUACCAUUCAUCUACUGGUGGCAACUCUCAUUGCAACAGUGACUUUUACAGCAGGUUUUACAAUGCCUGGAGGGUUCGAACAAGAUCAAUCAUCAAGAAAGGGCUUGGCAUUGCUAUCUGACAACACAUAUUUUCAUCUGUUUGUAAUAGCAGAUUCAUUAGCCUUCUACUGCUCCUCUGCCUCAGUUUUCUUGCAAUUUUGCGCUGCCUCGGAACAUAAUUAUCAUUUGCUCUUACGUUUUACAAAAGUUUCUGCAACUCUCACUUAUAUUUCUAGCCUUGGAAUGGUUGUUGCUUUUACUUCAGCCUUGCACGCUGUUAUGCCUGGUUCCUCAAUGCUAGCAUAUUAUACUUUUGUAUCAGGUAUCUGUUGUGUAUUUGCCUAUAUAUUUGGGUUUUUGUAGAUGUGAAACCACCACAUCAUUUUCUGGUAGUAAACACCUACAAAAUAUGUGUACUCGUAUUGUAAUAAUAAUAAUACAUAUAUAUAAUCACCAUUACCAUUUUGGUAUCUAUAUGAGUAGGACGAUACCAUUUUGGUAUCUAUAUGAGUAGGACGAACGCAAUUAUCCUUCCAAAAGCCGCAGUUGUGACCCAAAAAUACUCCCAAAAAGCAAAUAAUUCUAGAUGUUAUGCGCUUAUCGCUUGGAGGACGUAAUGAACUUGCAGAAGAAAAGGAUGUAUUUGGAUGGACUCCACUGCAUUGUGCAGCACAUCUGAGCAUCUUAAAGCAACUCAUGUUUUACUUCAAAAUUCCCCAACUUAUAUUGUAAUGGAAGAAAUUAUUGCUCACAUUCCGGAUGCUUCUGACUUGGUUGAUAACAGAGAAUGGACUCCUAUCCAUGCCGCCAUAACAAACAAGAAGCUUAAUGUUGUCAGGUACAUAUUGAAGAGGCGAAUGCUUGAGAGCCUCAUCCAUGCAGCGGAUAACAAAGGGAAUAUGCCUCUGCAUGUGGCUA